AUGUUGGCGGCCUCGAAGUAUGAAGAGGACAACCUCAACAACGGCCAUACCGCGGUCUGGGGUUCCUUCUAUUGCGUUGCCACCCAUCGGUGGGGCUAUGCUUGUUGCCUCCUCUGUGAUCGACAUGCAGAAUGUGGCAAAGUGGAGGUGCCGGCGUUGGAAGGGCCCAGCGGCAGUACUGACGCAAGCGAGGGCCGCGGAGACAUUGGAAGGGCGCAAGCGUCCACGACAAACGUGGCGAACGAUGCAGAGGAAGCCGCGCCCAAUUCAGCUCGGUGCGCUGCCGAGCUGGCUCGAAUCCUGGCAACGGGGCCAAAAAAACCUUUUGAGGUGUUGGGGCUAUCUCCGUCCAAUGCCACGUGCUACGCAGUCAGGAAUGCGUUUCGGCGCCUUGCGCUGCUGGUUCAUCCGGACAAGAACCCUGGAGAUGAGGAGCGCUGUCACCGUGCGCUUCUGCGUGCGCAGGGUGCGCGAGAGGCAGCGCUGGCACUUCUUUCUGCGCCACCGGCAGCGGCAGUGGCAGAGAAGCCCGAGAAGCCGCGCCCAACCGUCUCGCGGCCCAGGGAGCGAGCUCCUGGAAAAGAGCCCCAGAAGCGCAGCGAUUUCGAGAGUGCCGAGGCUUUUGUAGUGCAUGCCCUGCAAUAUGUGCUUGAUGAGUGGUAUCGCUUUGUCGACUUGGCUCUGGGAGGGCCCGAUGCGCAGAAGAGAAAGGAGGCUUCGGCACGGCGUGCUGCCACCGCUGCAGCUGCUACUGGGGGCGCUGAGGGUGUGCUGAGGUCUGAGGUUGCCCUGCAGCAGACAACGAAGUCGGUUAAGGCUCUUUCGAAGCUGUUGGGCAACCAGGAGCUUGGAUCCGAGAUCGUUGCCAAAGUCGAGCGUGUUUGUCGCGGGAUGCUGGAGAAGGAGUAUGCCCAUGCAAAUCAGGCUUACAUGGACCUCGCGAUCGGCAACAAAGCCUGGCACACAGAGGUCCCGACUCUGAUGGAAGGCGGCAUGGACGGCCUCACAGGCAUUGAGCGUGGGCGCAUGUGGAAGCAA